GUGGGAUAAGUGGAGCUCGUUUAUCGCAAAUUCGACAGUGGUAGUUAAAUGGUGAGUUUUCCCUGCGAGCUGCCAGUGUGGAGACACGGCUCUGCUCUCCUCUCCACCUCCUCUCCACCAAGCCUCCCGCUCCUCUUCUUCUUCUUCUUCUCUGGUUUAUGGCGUCCGGGUCCUCGUGUCCUCGCGGUCUCAGGUCUGAAUCUGCGGCGUGAAACAGGACAGACACGAGGAGGACUUUCUCCUGUCUCUUCUCACCUUCACCUCCAUCACCUUUGGAACCCCCUGAGCGUCCUUCAGUCCCUCUCUGUGGAUCUAAACCUCUGACCCGAACCCCCCGGGGGCCCCCCCCCAACCACCUGGAGUCCCUGCAGAUGUUCCCGACCCGGCGCUGAAGCGGGCGCUCGCCAGCAGCCCAGAUGCAUCUGCGAGUCUUUGCCUUUGUGAUGUCCUUGCUUUGUGAGGUGAUCAGGAUGGGCGCCGGUGUCGUGCAGAAGCAAAGCGCUCACAGAGACACAGCAGAGGACUGUCGCAGCUGUCUGGAGUGUUCCCGGGACAACGGCUGCGUGCGUUGCCCUGAGCGCCUCUUCCUGUUCCUGCAGAGGGAUGGGAUGUCUCACCACGGCACCUGUCUCCACGCCUGCCCCGCCGGACACUACGGACAGAGAGGGAAGGACGUCAACCGCUGCAUGAGUGCAUCCAACUGGGAGGAGACCCUGAAGGAGACCCUGAAGGAAACCCUGAAGGAGACCCUGAAGGAGACCCUGAG